UUGUCUGUGCAAGUGUUUUAAAAUAAUCAUUGUGUAACCGUGGGAAAUUCAUCAGUUCAACGACCGCCUGACAGACUCUACAGAACACGCUAUGUCAGUCAGAAAGGCUCCUCCUCUUCAUCUGAUGUUUCUGCUCAUGAUUCAUGGAGUUUGUAGCCAAUGGGGUGUGAGUUACAGUCCUUCACACAUCUGUGCACUAAAGGACUCAUCGGUGAUAAUGAGCUGCACUUAUACAUACCCUACUGAAUAUCAGAUCAUGAAAGUGUUCUGGACCAAAAUAAUAGAUAAAAAGGAAACAGAAGAGUUUCCAGAUCUAUCUGAGGACCCUGAAUACAGUCAGAGGCUUCAGUAUCUGGGAGAUAAAGAGCAGAACUGCACCAUCAGGCUGAGUCAUGUGACACUGAAGGAUUCACACAAGUACUAUUUCAGAUUCAUCACUGAUAAAGACAAAUGGACUGGUAAACCAGGAGUGACUCUUUCUGUCACAGAUCUUCAGGUGGAGUCUCCUGAGAGAGUGACAGAGGGACAUUCAGUCCGUCUGACAUGUAAAAGCAGCUGCACUCUGACUGACAGAGCAACAUUCAUCUGGUACAGAAACUCACAGCCAUUAACUGAAAGAAGAGACAGAAACAAUGAACUGCUGCUGCAGUCAGUCAGAAGAGAGGAUGCAGGCAGAUAUAGCUGUGCUGUACACGGACACAAUCACAUCUCUCCCGCUGUUUAUCUCAAUGUCACGUAUCCUCCAAAAAGCGUCUCAGUGUCCAUCAGUCCAUCUGAAAUAGUGUCAGGAGAUUCAGUGACUCUGAGCUGCAGCAGUGAUACAAACCCACCUGCUCUGAACUUCAGCUGGUUUAAAGGAGGAAUGUUUGUAGGAUCUGGAAGAAUCUACAGCAUCUCAAAGAUCAGCUCUGAUGACAGUGGAGAAUACAAGUGCAAGUGCAUCAAUGAACAUGGAGAGAAAUACUCUGAUGCUGUGACUUUAAACGUAAAGUCAGUCAGAUGUUUCUCGUCUGUAGUGGUUGCUGUUGCUGCUGGUGUUGGUGUUUUACUCGGUGGAGCAUCAGGUGCUUUCGUCAUGUACAUUUGUCUUACUAAAAUGGUGAAAAGAAGAUCUGCUAUGAAGGAGAUCUCUGAUCCGAAUGAAGACACAUAUACAGCUCUUGAGCACAAGUCUAUGACCUUUGAGCUGUACGACACACUCACAACUGUUCAUCCCAGACCUCCUGAAGACAUGAUUCUUGGUCCUCAGAGCUUUUCUAAACAUUAGAAUCCAUCAAUCAACAGGAAGAUGCUGCAGUAAGAGGUGGAGCACAAAGGAACCAAUCCUGCACUAUGUGGGCGGAGCCACAGAUGAUUGACAGGAAUCUUCAUUGAUGAGUCACUAAAGUGUUUUAAUUCUGUAUAAUUUAUGAAACAUGAUGUAACAGUGGAAUUAAAUGAAAGUUAAACACUGGUGAACUGUCAUUGUGUAAAUACAUAAUGUUAAGUCAGCAGAGCAAAACACCUAAAGUAAUCAAAAAGUUCCCACUUUUACAAUACGCCACACCUAAAGUUCAGUUGUGGCAAACAAGUUAUGUUUUUCUCAUUUUACAACACUUUCCUGUUUUUAAAUUAUAGUUGAACUAAAUCAUAAUUGUGUGCAUUCACAAUGGAAAAUGAAUCUCAAUUUUAUCUGGUCCUGUUAUUCUGUCUUUUGUGUUUCUGUAACUUUCCAAUUAAGUGAUCAGUUUUAUUUGUGAUUGUCUCAUAUGUAUGUGCUUGUACAAACCUUACAGGCAAAUUGAUACUGCUAUUAUAGAUACUCACAAAAUACUUAUUUGGUUUUGAUUUCAUUAAAAAAUAUCUAUAUUAAAAUUAUAUUACUUACAUAA